AUGAGAAUGCAAUCGAAACAGAGGCAUCGCGAGCUGGCUGGGCUUAGCGCUGGUCAUACUUUGGGCUCGAUGAUUCCAUGUACUCGCCACGCCAUCACAAUAAGAGCGAACACUCUCCUCUUUUCCCAUAUCGAUUCCCGUGGAAAAGCCGACGAGGAGGCAAUGGAACGCAGUCGCUACCAACGUCAUCACACUCGUCGCUGCAGCGAAGUUGACCACGGGCAGGUCUGA